GGUGAAGGACGACGGGACAGUCUAGUACCUUUCUUCUCUGUCCGAUCAUGAAGGACUGAGAAAUUGUGGGAUCCAUGAGACUGCGCGUUACGUCGAUGAAGUUAUUUGGAUUUUUGUUUCUAUUCGUAAUCUUUUUGCCGUCAUCAAGUGGCGGAUGUCUCGGUUUGUCGUAGUGGCUGAACAUCUUUUGUCGUGUCAGUUCUGUCGAGGUGUGUUUGUCUCUCGUCUAGUUCUUUUGUCUUUUCUCGAGUAAUUUUCUGUCCGCCAUUCCAUACACGAUUAACCUCGUCGCCGCCUUCUUCCCUCAUCGUGCUCACGUUUCAAAAUCUUCAGCUGUUCUUCUGUUACAACUUCUUUGGAUAAGCAUUCCGGUAAAGGUCGUGUAAGUUAUCUUCCUGGUUCCCCCUGCUUUUCCGCGCGUGUCCCUAUGGGUAUGACGGCGUUUUUUGUUCAGGAUUCCCUUGAUAGAUCCAGAUGCGAGCCGUCAGUUGCCACAGUAAUGCGAGUGUGUGCGUGUGUGCGUGUGUGCGUGUGUGUGAGAGAGAGAGAGGAGGGGGGGGGCAGAUCACGGAGCAAGGCUCAGAGCGGGGAGGAAAGAGCCAGGAGGGGACAGCGGGUGGGGGAACGGCAAAAGCAAGAGAGUGUGAGGGGAAGGGGGGAUGCACAGGGAGCAAGGCAUAAAGCGAGGGGGAAAGAGAGCCGGGAGGGAACAGCGGGUUUGGGGGAAGGGAGACAGAAAGAGGGAGAGGGGGGGAUACUUAGGGAGCAAGGCACAAAGCGACGGGGAAAGAGAGCCGGGAGGGGACAGCGGUUGGGGGAAGGGCAAGAGAGAGAGAGAGAGAGAGAGAGAGAGAGAGAGAGGAGUAAAGAUACUAACGUUCGAUCGGUUUGCCCGCCGCCGUUUCUCUUUCUCUGAAGGGCGUUUAUCUUUCGAUAGUCGCAGAAGGAAGUCGAUGUUGCCGGCAUGUUUAUUUGUGUAACUCUGCGUUUUCCUCGCCAUCCGUGUGACGCUGUUCGGUCUCUCUCCGUGUUCCUUUUUUGCUUAGUAUCCCAUCCCGAAGUCGGGGUCCUUUUAACUGUUGGGGUAAUCGAUUGCCUGAAGCCCCUGGUGACAGACAGAUGGGAAGCAAAUGGAUUCACUUGCGGCGUCUGUCUAGAAGGAUCCGACUGGAGACUUAUCUUUUACUGCGCGUGCUCCUGAUUGCAUAUUACCAGGAUAUUCGUUCCUCUUGCCCCUUGUCGCAUUUCCCUCGGCUGGCUCUUGUAGUUGAUCGGUGAGUAGUGCUCGUCCUCACUCUCGACCCUCCAGGACGAGUGACCGUCCAGGACGAGAAUACACUUAAAACGUCCUCGUGACGUGAUAGAUGCUGACAAAAACUCCAUCGUUAUGACGGGUCCACCCUGUUGAUCUUACUGGAGUAUACGCUAAUUGACGACGACUGAGUCUUGUCUUGGUGGUGAUUGGCGGCCGGCUGAUGGCAGUUUUGGUGCAGUUACUUGUCGGCAACCGGGUCCUAAUUGCAACGUUUGAUUACUUCGUAGGUUCGCAGUUGUUUGGAGUCCCGGUCGCCUGCAAAGCUGUUGGAUACUGCUCCUCCGGUGUUCAGCUUGUCUGCUCUAGGCUCUGUGAAAAUCCCAUUAAUUUUGUAGAUGCUUUGUCUGCAAGCGUGAGCUGUAGUGGCCGAGGUUUCUGGUUGAAAGGAGGCCUUCGAACACGAAGACGGAGGAAGGGCAUCUUCCUUGUGUCGGAUAUGGCGGCGUGAUAGUUUUCGCCGAUCAAAUUUUUCUUGACUAUGGGUAAAGGCUGGGCGGGAAGACAGUCUAUAAGGUGUGUUUUCAAGCUCUCUCACGUGAAGGGAUCUUUUGUAUACUGCAAGGGCACGAUCUAUAACGCGAAUCUUAAUUUAUUGAUUGCCUGAGAGAAAUCCUUUCAAACGAUUGUCCGAGAAGAAAUCUGCGGUUUUAUACGUACGUACGUAUGGUAAUAUCAUGUCUUGCGUAGAUGUUGGUGUGUUCGGUGCAGAUGGAUGGAUAAAGAAGAGGACUCAGGUGACGGAAGCGGGCCUGGUGACCUUUAUGAUGUAGUGGAAGGGCGCUAGCGCGAGAGAGGGAGUCGAUGCUCUUGUCACUCUUCCUCAGUCUAUCAAAGGUCACGAUAUGUUUCGCUAUUCUCAAGUAUCAAGCGGCGAAAAGUGCGCCCUAGUCAGUGCUGUGUUUGAUAAGGUGGCAGAGCUAUUGAGGGGGGGGGGGGAGAGAGAGAGAGAGAGAGAGAGAGAGAGAGACAGAGAGAGAUAGAGAGGAGCUGUACGAUCUAGGUUCUUGAGAGGAACAGACUCAUAAGCGCGAUGUUUUGAAAGGGUGGACCCGAGGGUUGUGGAGAGAGAGAGAGGAGCUGUACGAUCUAGGUUCUUGAGAGGAACAGACUCAUAAGCGCGAUGUUUUGAAAGGGUGGACCCGAGGGUUGUGGCUGAGCGCAGGUGUUGUUGGCUUUUCUCGCUCCCUCUAUUUCGCUCGUUUUCCCCGAGCUCCCUCUUUGAAUGUUUCCAGCCAGUGUAGUAUGAGUGACUGCAGUGUACAGUUCUCUGAACGACUACAGUGUACAAAUCUCUGGAUCGAGCACGAAGUUACUGAAGCUUUGUUUUGUCCGACAAAUGCUCGCCUGUUGUUUUUAACUGCUCUGCCUCACUCUCUCCCUCCUCUCCCUCGUCCCUCCCUCUUCUAUCUCCCUGGCUCUCUCGUCGCUCGCCUCCCUUUGUGUCUGUGCCUCUCCUGGCAUUUUACAUCCGUCGACGGCUUUUGCUUUUUUGUGUUUGUGUUCGUUUUGUCCUCGUACGUACGUCGUAGGCCAGGAGGAGAAUGUUCUGUUCUUUGUCAUGAACGGAUUUGGCCGCUGUGGAGGGAGGCGAUUCCCGUGCAUUGUAAUGAUGUCGGUUCUCGUCGGCUUGUGUGCACGCUAUUGUGAGCGAGCGGUCAUUAGGGUCGACAUUCCAGGGGAUGGCGAGGUGACGUGGAAGGUGGAUGGUCGUGAAGAAGAAACUAAGUUUGCUCCGUCUGAUUGCAUGUGCUAGUUUGAGUAAUUCAUCGUUCAGUUCUGCGAUGACUCGUUGUGCCACGAAUAGUAUAUCUGCUCACUCUUUCAACGCCCUCGGUGCUAGAUUAUCUAACGGAUUCCUUCUUUUGGAAUGCUUUUCAUUCUCUUGCCGGGUCACAAUAAAACAUCAAUAACUGA